GAGGGAGGGAGAGAAGUGCCAUCAUCACUGAAGAAAGAAGAUCCAACCAAUUUCUUUCAAUAUCUCCCAUAGUUGGUGGAAAAUAUUCAAGGUUAAAGAGAAGACAUCAGAAUGGCAGAGAUCCAGUUAUCUUUGAGUGUUUUGCUGCCAAUUCUUCUGCUGUUAUACUUCCUGAAACUACUGUGGUCACGAAGACAUUACCCACCUGGACCUCUUGCCUUUCCCAUCAUUGGAGGCCUAUGGCGACUUGCAUUUGAAAUGGGAUUGGAUGGCAUGACACCGAUAAAGGCAGCAAAACAAUAUGGAAAUGUUUUCACUUUUUGGCUGGGCAAUUUUCCAAUGGUAAUCCUGUCUGGAUUUGAUGCUGUGAAAGAAGGGCUGGUCGAUCACUCAGAGGAAUUAUUGGAUCGGCGGGCGACUCCUUUUUUUGAAAAAAUAACACAAGGAAAAGGUGUUGGAUUCGCAAGUGGUCAUGCCUGGAAGCAACAGAGACGGCUUAGCCAAAUGGCUUUGGCGAAAUUGGGAGUCGGAAAAAAAACCAUGGAAGACAAAAUAGAAGAUGAAGCCCAGCAGCUUGUAGAGAUUUUUGCAAGUGAAAAAGGGAAGCCAUUUGAUCCAGCAUUGAUCAUCACCAAUUCAGUCUCCAACGUGGCAACUUCCCUGAUUUUUGGAUACCGCUGGUCCAUUGAAGACCCAACCUUCAAGAAGCUGGUUAAAUCCAUUGAGUAUAUCUUGAGUUAUGGAAUAACUAUCUUUGCCCUACUGUAUGAAAUAUUCCCAUCGAUCAUGGACCGCCUUCCAGGGCCUCAUAAGAAGGCAUUCGAGAGCGCAGAGGUCCUGCUUUCACUAUCAAAGGAAGAAUUACGGAAACAUAAGGAGCAAGAGCCCACACAGGAGCCACGGGAUUUCAUUGAUUACUUCCUGCUUGAAAUGGAGAAAGAGAAGAAUAAGAAUGAUCCUACCUCUGCCUUGGAUGAAGAGAACCUGAUUCACUCUAUUUACGACAUCCAUUUUGCUGGAUUGGAAACUACCACCACAGUUAUGAAAUGGGCAGUCCUCAGUUUGGCAAAUCGUCCCGAUGUCCAAGAUAAAAUCAUCAAGGAGAUAGAAGAUGUUGUGGGUUCUUCUAAUAUCUGCUAUGAUGACCACAAAAAAAUGCCUUAUACUCAUGCAGUGGUUCAUGAAAUCCAGCGUUACAGAUAUCCCAUAAUAAUGGGCGUUUCAAGGAAAACUACAACAGAUGUCCACAUGAGAGGUUACAUCAUCCCAAAGGGGACAUUCAUUGCACCCAAUAUACGCUCUGCUCUUAUUGAUGAUGAGUACUGGGAAACCCCAAACAAAUUUAAUCCCAACCAUUUUUUGGACAAGGAUGGAAAUUUUGUCACUAGAAAAGAAUUUCUGGGAUUUAGUACAGGGCCUCGGUCGUGCUUGGGGGAAAAUGUGGCCAGGAUGGAGCUAUUUAUCUUCUUGACCCGCCUGCUGAGGGUAUUCCGUUUCCAGCUUCCACCAGGAGUCAAGGAAUUCACUGAAGAACCUGCCAGGGGAAUAACAUUGCCACCCCGCCCUUAUAAAGUGUGUGCUAUUCCUCGCAAUAGUUAAUCAUAAAACAUUCAAGAAUAAUUAAAGUGACUUCUUAUUCAUUGCUGCAUAUUUAAAGCAAAUUUCCCCCUUCAGUUAAUUUGAUGUUCUCAGACCUCUUCUCUACCUCUAGAACCUCUAGCAAAUCUGAGACAUAGCUCAGUGCCAAAUUACUGUAUUUUCUGUCAUAUAAGACGACUAGGCAUAUAAAAUGACCCCCAAAUUUUCCAGUUAAAAUAUAAAGUUUGGGAUAUACUCACCGUAUAAGACUACCCCUCUUCCAAAGCACACCAAAUAAAAAAUUAAAAAGCAUCAGAUUUGAUUUCAAUAAAGUAAUUUUGCUAUCACUGUACCUCCUCUGCCUCUCAGAUCCCGCACAUGCGCACCUGCACCGCUUCACUGCAGUCUUCAGGACCAUGAUCUGAGAGUCAUAGGAGAAGGUAUGGUAAUAGGAUACAAGGGCAGGCCAGACAGGUAAAAAAAGGUGUGUUUUUCUGGGCCCAGAGCCACUCUAUCUCUUUUUUCCAUACUCCGGGCGCCCCGGAUGCCUGCAGCUUGCUCCGCCCUUCACUUACACCUUCUCAGUGAGGCGCCCCUUCAAAUCACCAUCAGGAUUGCAUUAAGUCCAUGAAUCCUGAUGAAUGGAUUUUCUUCUACCGUACUUGUACAGUGUCACCCUUAGUGCUUUCAUACAGUUGCUGCAUACAGCAGGGACAUGGCCACUGCCAUUUUUGAGCUUCCCCCACCAUAUGCAGCAACCACAGAUUCACCAAUCCGGAUUUGAAGUUUCAGCAUCCGCUCUAUAAGACGACUCCCAGCGAUUAAGGCUACUCCCAGUUAUAAGACGACCCUUGACAUUUGCGAAGAUUUUCUUGGGUUAAAAAGUAGUCUUAUAGGCCAGAAAAUAUGGUAAUUUUGUUUCAUCCUGUUUUGUGUUAUUGUACCUAUUGUUCAAAUAAAAAAAAUCUUGUUAUGGAUGGAUAUAGGGGAACUAACUGUGCAGUGAAUUGAGGGUUGGACUAGUUCUAUGAAAGGUCAAGUUUCAAAUCCCCCUUUAGCUAUGGAAAUACACUGAGU